AUGAAGGAGCUUCAUCAUCAGAAGAACCUUGGUACAAACUACGAGAGCGACGGGUGGGUUAAGUGGCGAGAAGAUAUGAUAGCUCAGGACGAAAAGGAUUUCCCUGAAGGUAAUCUAGGUGGUGUUUUCCUUGAGGACGACGACGACAACGUUCCGGCCCUGUCUAUGAGGGGCGAAGGUACCAGCGAGCUUGACGAUGAGUUUUUCUCCGGCCCGUAG